CAGCAGCGGAGAGCCCCCUCCCACUGCCCCCUCCCCUUCCUAAGGAAAAGGCCUGGGCUCUGCUGGGAGGGCCAGAGCUGAGGCAAGGCUGAACAUGGGCAACUUGAAGAGUGUGGGCCAGGAGCCCGGGCCCCCCUGUGGCCUGGGGCUGGGCCUGGGCCUGGGGCUGUGCGGCAAGCAGGGUCCGGCCUCCCCCACCUCCUCUGAGCCCAGCAGGGCACCCGCGCCCGCGCCCCCACCCGCACCAGACUGCAGCAGCCCCCCACUCACCCGGCCCCCGGACGGGCCCAAGUUCCCUCGAGUGAAGAACUGGGAGGUGGGGAGCAUCACCUACGAUACCCUGAGUGCCCAGUCACAGCAGGAUGGGCCCUGCACCCCCCGACGCUGCCUGGGCUCGCUGGUGUUCCCGCGGAAACUGCAGAGUCGGCCAUCUCGGGACCCCCAACCCACGGAGCAGCUGCUGAGUCAGGCCAGGGACUUCAUCAACCAGUACUACAGCUCCAUCAAGAGGAGCGGCUCCCAGGCCCAUGAGCAGAGGCUUCAGGAGGUGGAAGCCGAGGUGGCAGCCACGGGCACCUACCAGCUCCGGGAGAGCGAGCUGGUGUUCGGGGCCAAGCAGGCCUGGCGCAACGCACCCCGCUGCGUGGGCCGGAUCCAGUGGGGGAAGCUGCAGGUGUUUGAUGCCCGGGACUGCAGCUCAGCCCAGGAGAUGUUCACCUACAUCUGCAACCACAUCAAGUAUGCCACCAACCGGGGCAACCUCCGCUCAGCCAUCACAGUGUUCCCCCAGCGCGCCCCAGGCCGGGGAGACUUCCGAAUCUGGAACAGCCAGCUGGUGCGCUACGCGGGCUACAGGCAGCAGGAUGGCUCAGUGCGGGGGGACCCAGCCAACGUGGAGAUCACCGAGCUCUGCAUCCAGCAUGGCUGGACCCCAGGAAACGGCCGCUUUGACGUGCUGCCACUCCUGCUCCAGGCCCCGGAUGAGCCCCCAGAGCUCUUUGCUCUGCCCCCCGAGCUGGUCCUCGAGGUGCCCCUGGAGCACCCCACGCUGGAGUGGUUUGCGGCCCUGGGCCUGCGCUGGUACGCCCUCCCAGCGGUGAGUAACAUGCUGCUGGAGAUCGGGGGCCUGGAGUUCCCCGCGGCCCCUUUCAGCGGCUGGUACAUGAGCACGGAGAUCGGCGCGCGGAACCUGUGUGACCCUCACCGAUAUAACAUCCUGGAGGAUGUGGCGGUCUGCAUGGACUUGGACACCAGGACAACCUCAUCCCUGUGGAAAGACAAGGCAGCAGUGGAAAUCAACUUGGCCGUGCUGCACAGUUACCAGCUGGCCAAAGUGACCAUUGUGGACCACCACGCUGCCACCGCCUCCUUCAUGAAGCACCUGGAGAACGAGCAGAAGGCUAGGGGGGGCUGCCCUGCCGAUUGGGCCUGGAUCGUGCCCCCCAUCUCUGGCAGCCUCACCCCUGUCUUCCAUCAGGAGAUGGUCAACUACGUCCUGUCCCCUGCCUUCCGCUAUCAGCCAGACCCAUGGAAGGGGAGUGGAUCCAAGGGUACCGGCAUCACCAGGAAGAAGACCUUUAAGGAAGUGGCCAAUGCGGUGAAGAUCUCAGCCUCGCUCAUGGGCACCGUGAUGGCAAAGCGAGUGAAGGCGACCAUCCUGUAUGGCUCCGAGACUGGCCGGGCCCAGAGCUACGCACAGCAGCUGGGGAGACUCUUCCGGAAGGCUUUCGACCCCCGGGUCCUGUGCAUGGAUGAGUAUGAUGUGGUGUCCCUUGAGCAUGAGACGCUGGUGUUGGUGGUAACCAGUACAUUUGGGAAUGGUGACCCCCCAGAGAAUGGAGAGAGUUUUGCGGCGGCCCUGAUGGAGAUGUCGGGCCCCUACAACAGCUCUCCUCGGCCAGAACAGCACAAGAGUUACAAAAUCCGCUUCAACAGCGUCUCCUGCUCAGACCCGCUGGUGUCCUCUUGGAGGCGGAAGAGAAAGGAGUCCAGUAACACAGACAGCGCAGGGGCCCUGGGGACCCUCAGGUUCUGUGUGUUCGGGCUGGGCUCCCGGGCAUACCCCCACUUCUGCGCCUUUGCUCGUGCGGUGGACACACGGCUGGAAGAGCUGGGCGGGGAGCGGCUACUGCAGCUGGGCCAGGGAGAUGAGCUGUGCGGCCAGGAGGAGGCCUUCCGUGGCUGGGCCCAGGCCGCCUUCCAGGCCUCCUGUGAGACUUUCUGCGUGGGAGAGGAUGCCAAGGCCGCUGCCCGGGACAUAUUCAGCCCCAAACGGAGCUGGAAGCGCCAGCGGUACCGGCUGAGUACCCAGGCCGAGGGCCUCCAGCUGCUGCCAGGCCUGAUCCACGUGCACAGGAGAAAGAUGUUCCAGGCUACGGUCCUCUCAGUGGAAAACCUGCAAAGCAGCAAGUCCACCCGGGCCACCAUCCUGGUGCGCCUAGACACCGGAGGCCAGGAGGCGCUACAGUACCAGCCCGGGGAUCACAUAGGCAUCUGCCCGCCCAACCGGCCCGGCCUCGUGGAGGCGCUGCUGAGCCGCGUUGAGGAUCCUCCUCCACCCGGCGAGCCUGUGGCUGUGGAGCAGCUGGAGAAGGGCAGCCCCGGUGGCCCGCCCCCUGGCUGGGUUCGGGACCCCCGGCUGCCCCCAUGCACACUGCGCCAGGCUCUCACCUUCUUCCUGGACAUCACUUCCCCGCCCAGUCCUCAACUCCUUCGACUGCUCAGCACCCUGGCCGAAGAGUCCAGCGAACAGCAGGAGCUUGAGAGCCUCAGCCAGGACCCGCGGCGGUACGAGGAGUGGAAGUGGUUCCGCUGCCCCACGCUGCUGGAGGUGCUGGAGCAGUUUCCAUCGGUGGCCCUGCCCGCGCCGCUGCUCCUCACCCAGCUGCCCCUGCUCCAGCCCCGGUACUACUCAGUCAGCUCGGCGCCCAGCGCCCACCCAGGAGAGAUCCACCUCACAGUAGCUGUGCUAGCAUACAGGACACAGGACGGACUGGGCCCCCUUCAUUAUGGAGUCUGCUCCACGUGGCUGAGCCAGCUGAAGGCCGGGGAUCCCGUACCCUGCUUCAUCAGGGGGGCUCCCUCCUUCCGGCUGCCGCCUGACCCCACCUUGCCCUGCAUCCUAGUGGGCCCUGGCACAGGUAUUGCCCCCUUCCGGGGAUUCUGGCAGGAGCGGCUGCAUGACAUUGACAGCAAAGGCCUGCAGCCCGCCCCCAUGACUUUGGUGUUCGGCUGCCGAUGCUCCCAGCUCGACCACCUUUACCGCGACGAGGUGCAGGAUGCCCAGCAGCGCGGAGUUUUUGGGCGCGUCCUCACCGCCUUCUCCCGGGAGCCCGACAGCCCUAAGACCUACGUGCAGGACAUCCUGCGGACGGAGCUGGCUGCUGAGGUGCACCGCGUGCUGUGCCUCAAGCGGGGCCACAUGUUUGUGUGCGGCGACGUCACCAUGGCAACCAGCGUUCUGCAGACGGUGCAGCGCAUCCUAGCGACGGAGGGCGACAUGGAGCUGGACGAGGCCGGCGACGUCAUCGGCGUGCUGCGGGAUCAGCAACGCUAUCACGAGGACAUUUUCGGGCUCACACUGCGCACCCAGGAGGUGACAAGCCGCAUACGCACCCAGAGCUUUUCCUUGCAGGAGCGACAUCUGCGGGGCGCAGUGCCCUGGGCGUUCGACCCGCCCGGGCCAGACACCCCCAGCCCCUGAGAGCCCUCGUUUUCCAUCCCAGUUCCAGAAGAGGAGCCUUCAGUCCACCCCGGCUCUGCCGCUCUCCUGGCGGCGUUACCAGACCAGCCACCUCUCCCCUCCCGAGGUGCCUUCCCAUCUUUGUCCGGAGUCUGCCCUAAGUCGAUUAUUCCCGGGAAUGAGCAAAAUGUCCCUCUCUAGGUCUGUUUACUUGCCCCAGGUCCAGAGGCUCUCUCCCAGGGCCAACUGUCACCCCUUUUGUGUUCCUUAGGUGAGUUUUAGAUUCCCCUUAUCUCUCUCAGGAGUACCUUAUCUUGAAACCUAAUCUCUAAAUGAUUCAAAUAUUUAUUAUUGAAGAUUCAGCAUAAGAGACAGGACCAGAUGUUAUGAGAGCUUCUAAGAUGCCUAACCCAGCCCCGUCGAUUAAAACUACAGAACGACAAGCUUUGUCUUUUAAUUUGUGCA